CGAAGGGGCGUGGCUACUCCCAGCUAAUCGUGAGUCAGGCUGGAUUAGUGCCUGCGAGGUUCAUCGAGUGAAAACCACAAUUUGUGGGCUUUGGAAAGGAGGACGGCGGCCCGGGAUGAGCCAUGGCCUCGGAUCUGCAGCAGAACAGGGUCCCACCUCCCGCGGAGGAGGAAUUCCAUCAAAUCCUGAAGCAGAUCGGUGGGAAGGGGAAUGUUUACUUGGUGGGCGACGUGGACAGACAGGAUGGUGAAUGUAAGUGCGGCUUGAUGCAGGAGUUUGUUGCGGAGGUGUUGGCGGAGGUGGACGGCAUGAGUGGAAACAUCAGCAGAAACGGGGGGCUCGGGUCAGACUGCUGCUCAGGGUCAAAAGGUCAAAGCAAGCCAGAGGUGGGUGCCAGAAUGCGGGCUACAUCUGAUAAAGGAAGGGCCAUGCACUGUGCCGUGGUCGUGUUCAUGUUCAGGCAUGCUUAUGUCCGUGAUAAAGCCAACCAUGUGAGUGUGAGGGAGGUGCUGAAGGAUGUUAGGACCAGGACAGAAGGUCAUGGAGUGCGGCCUGCCCUGCUUGGGCUGGUUCAUGACCACUGUGAAAGCGCAGAAACCGGGGAAUCAGUGGAGCUUCUGGAGCAGAUGCUGAGGUCAGUGUUCUUUAAACAUCCACACGACUCCAUCUGGGCUGGACACUUCGUUCCUAAAGCGCCGGACGGAGUGCAGGACAUCAGGAGGCACAUCUGCAAAGCUGUGCUUUCCGCCCAGGCUGCCCAGUCCACAGACACCAGCCCGGGCAGAAAGGGGCAUUUUUUCUGGCGACAGUGUUUUAGGAGAGGACGGCGAGACCGGCAUGACACGGCAUCAGAUGACCAGGUUCAGAAAGUAGGAAGUGCAGAAAAGAAAGAAGAAGAAAUCCCCCUGCAGACGAGAGCCGAGCCACGCUUAUGAGGACGAGGGCACCGAUGGACAGAAUGACCACUGGACCCGUGAAAUGUACGCACAGUUCAAACCCACAGAUUUAUUUGAUGACCAUAUUAAAGGACCAGAGUUUACUCAG